CGCGUCUCGGCUUCCACCUCGACAUUGCCUCAUUCCUCUUGACAUCCUCAGAUCUCUCUCACACCACCAAAACACCGUCCACACGGCUCACUCUCCCACCAACGCGUCUCGCAUCCCUUCUCCGUCUCGGCGGCUCCUCCACCCCUCUCUCCCACCAUGCACUUCGCCGCGCUCGCCGCGCUCGCGGCCGCGGCAGCUGCCCCUGUGUCGGCUUUCUAUCUCCCCGGCUCCGCGCCACGAGACUACAAGGCAGGCGAUAAGGUCGACGUCUUCGUCAACACGGUCACGCCGAUGCUGAACGCCACUCUCCGCUCCCUCAUCUCCUACGACUAUUACGACCCGCGCUUCCACUUCUGCCAGCCUGAAGGCGGGCCCGUUAAGCAGCCCGAGUCGCUCGGCUCGAUCCUAUUCGGUGAUCGUAUCCUCUCCUCGCCUUUCGACAUCAAAAUGCUCAACGACAACAGGUGUAUCAGGCUGUGCCGGAGCAAGUUGCCGGGCAACGAUGCAAAGUUCGUCCACGACCUUAUCCGCCAGGACUACGGGCUCAACUUCAUCAUCGACGGGCUGCCGGGCGCCGAGCUCAAGAAGGACGCGCGGACCGGUGAACAGUUCCUCGACGGGCAGGGCUUCCAGCUUGGCUCGCACGGGUAUAACAAUGUAGGCUCGGACGAGAAGCCCGCUCUCAACAACCAUUACGACAUCUACAUCGACUACCACAAGCGCGCCGAGGACAAGAUUCGUGUUGUCGGCGUGAUGGUCUACCCUCGCAGUGUUGACAGCAUUGUCGCAGGAGAGGAAACGCCCAACUGCAACAUCCUCGACAAGCCGCUCUACCUCUCUGAGACUGCCGACAAUGAGUUCUACUACACGUACUCGGUGCAAUUCCGCGAGUCCGACGUGCCAUGGUCGCUCCGUUGGGACAGUUACCUGCACGUCUUCGACCCCAAGAUCCAUUGGUUCUCGCUCAUCAACUCGCUCGUCAUUGUCGGCUUCCUCUGCUUCAUUGUCUCCACCAUCCUGUAUCGCACAAUCACUAAGGACAUCUCGCGCUACAACGCGAUUGACCUCGCGGACGACGUUCAAGAGGACUAUGGAUGGAAGCUCGUGCACGGCGAGGUAUUCCGCCAGCCGCAGCGCCCGAUGCUCCUCUCGGUGCUUGUCGGCAACGGUUUCCACCUCGCCGGCAUGACGCUAGUCACGCUGGUGUUUGCGCUCUUCGGCUUCCUCUCGCCAUCGAACCGCGGGUCGCUCGAGACGGUCCUCCUCAUCUGCUGGACCCUCUUCGGUUGCGUGUCCGGGUACGUCUCGGCGCGCGUGUACGCCUCUCUCGGCGGCGACCAGUGGAAGCCGAACCUCGUCCUCACCGCCGUUCUCUUCCCGACCAUAGUCUUCACGAUCAUCGGCAUGCUCAACCUCCUCCUCGUGUUCACUGGCGCGUCCGGCGCGAUCCCCUUCGGCACCAUUCUCGCCAUCCUGCUGAUGUGGUUCGUCAUCUCGGUGCCCCUCACCGUCGCCGGCUACUUCUUCGGCAUGAAGCACGGCGGCUGGGCCAACCCCGUGCGCACAAACUCGAUUCCGCGCCAGAUCCCCCCCUGCCCGUGGUACCUCAAGCCGAUGCCCGCCGCCAUCAUCGGCGGCAUCCUACCGUUCGGCGCCGCGUUCGUCGAGCUGUACUUCAUGCUCUCGAGCUUGUUCGGCAACCGCGCAUACUAUGCCUUUGGCUUCCUCUUCCUCACGUUUGCUGUCGUCGCGCUCACUACCGCCACCGUCACCAUCCUCUUCACGUACUUCAUCCUCUGUGCCGAGGAGUACCGGUGGCACUGGCGCUCUUUCCUCGUCGGCGGCGGCGCAGCCUUCUGGGUGUUUGUCUACGGCCUCUGGUACUGGGCGAGCCGUCUCUCCCUUGGCAGCUUCACCUCUGUCAUCCUGUAUCUGGGUUACCUUUUCCUUGCCUCUCUCCUCACCUUCCUCUUGCUCGGGAGCAUAGGUGCGACCGCGUCGUGGUGGGCCACGCGCAGGCUGUACAGUGCUGUGCGUGUCGACUAGCCUCUCAUGUCUUCGAGUGCCCCGAGCGCGCGGCAGUUCACGGGGGAGUCGUGCUCGGUCCAACUAAAACAUAGAUCAUCAUGCAUGUCAUUAUCGUGUCAUCUA